AUGGCCAAUCAAGAUCCUUCUUAUGGCAUCAUCGGGAGACUGCCGCUUGAGAUUCGAAUCAAAAUCUAUCGCUUCGCUGAUGUCUGUGGUGACUUUAUGCUCAUACCAUUAGCCAAAGCGGAUGUCAGUAUGUUCGACAGUUGGACGGGAACUCGCUCUCGACCGCCAAGCCCUAGUAUAAUGCGAGCCUCCAAAGCGAUUUUUGUGGAAGCUUUGAGAACACGCUAUCGAUUCAGCACUUUCGUCAUCUAUCUGUACAUCGACAUUCAGCAUCUCAAAAUAGUAUAUUACCAAACGCUAGAUAGAGACAUGAUGGAGGAAUAUUUGUCGAGGCAGAAUGCGCGUAUCUUGCAGUGGUGGGAUAGGACAAUCGGCAAUCUCAUACAUCGACUGCCCAGAAGAAAGACGUGCGCUAUCACAAGCGCUGGAUUCCGUGCGUGGAGAAUCGAUAAGAGGAUUCUAUUUUGUCCAAAUAUGAUACCAGGAUCAGCGCUUCUCAGCAAAGUAAGAGAGAUGACAGGCUUCAAAUCUAUUAGCCUUGAGAUGACUUCCUACCUCUCCUACGGCAUUAGUCAAAAAAAAAGCCCUUUCGGAGGUGCCUCGCAUGACCAACAUUCUGACGACUCAGACGAUUCGGACGAUUCUGGGGGCUCUGGCAACUCAUUUUUAAUAUUCGACAAAGAUCGUCAUUCAGGACCUGCUAUAUGUCAGUCACUCUUUGAAGCGGUCGCUCAAGAGUGCGGCUAUUCCAAGCACCAGGCAAAGAAGGCGACGCAGGUGACGCUGCUCAAAAAACACUUCAAAUUUCAGGGGAAGAUCGAGCUUCAACCUAGGCUCAAUCAAGCUAUUGGGAAGCCUCCACGUGCCCAGGCUAUCGGUUUGUGGCAUCAGGCUGGGUCUGAAAUCGAGCAUGUGCUCACCAAAAAACCCUGGAACUGGUCAUGGUCUAUUUACUAUCGUACCCUUAUGAGAUUGGCGGUGAAAAAUCUUGGCGAAGAGGCUUUUCGAAAAUGGGAUGACCCUGACAACUGA